AAUCCACAGGGCCCGCCCCGCGGAGCCCGCGCGUCCUCGAAUGUCCCGUGUGGGAUGUCAGUUUAACCUCCAUGAUUCGGAGUAGUAAGCCCCACGGAGACCCCGGGCUGGAGCUGCGGGCAUGUUGGCGGGAGGCGGCGAUGUCCGCAGCCCACAUGCUUUCCUCCCGCGUCCAAUGUGUGCGCAUACUUUGAAGGGAUCGUAGAGGAGCGUGGUAUCAUUUGGCCACCUGGGAUUUUGCCAGAGAGAGAAAGUGGUGGGAAAUAUUUCUGGAAAGAAUACUGAAGGUGUUAGGCUGAGCCAAAUUUUGUUUUUAUAUGGUUGUCAACUCACUAACCAAUAUGGAUGCUUUUGCCAACAUUUUUCCUCCUGAUGGAGAAAGUGGGCUGCCACAUACAUAUUCAGAGGUCCAGAAAUUGUUAAUUGAUGAAAAAUUUCGAUGUGAACAUCAUAAAAAUAAUUACCAGUUUUUGAAAACUGAACACUCAAGAUUACAGGAGGAAUACAGAAAGUCACAAAAUGAAGUCAAGGAACUCUUAAGUGAAAAACAAACUCUUCAGGAAAAAUUUCAACUGCUUCUUGGUGAAUUAAGAAAAGAAUUACUAGAGAAAACUAAAGAAUUAGAAAAUUGGAAAAUGCAGGCUUUAACACCUCAAAAGCUGGAAUUGCUAAAAACCCAAAUACAACAAGAAUUAGAAACUCCAAUGAGAGAACGUUUUCGGAAUCUAGAUGAAGAGGUAGAAAAAUAUAGAGCUGAAUAUAAUAAACUUCGAUAUGUAUAUACUUUUCUCAAAUCAGAAUUUGAACAUCAGAAAGAGGAACAUUUGCGAAUUUUAGAAGAAGAAAAAAUAAAAUAUGAAUCUGAGAUUGAAAGACUUGAGAAAGAUAAAAAAGAGAUCUAUGACCAACUCCUUAACUCUGAUCCCACAAGAGAGAGCAAACGAAUGGAGAAGCUUGUUGGAGAAAAGAUCCAAUUAUGUCAGAAAUUGAAAGGCUUGGAGGCCGAAAUAACAGAAUUACGAGCAGAGAAAGAAAACCGUAGCAUUCAGGCUGAAAAUAUCCAAAGAAUUCAGGGGCGCCAGCUGGCUGAGAUGCAAGCUACCAUCAGGUCCCUGGAGGCAGAAAAACAGGCAGCCAAGCUUCAGAAUGAUCGAAUAGAAAAAGAACUGCAAUCAACUAAUGAGGAAAACACCCUCUUAAUUAGUAAGCUGCACAAGGCUGAAAGAGAAAUCAUUGAAUUGACCAGUAAAGUUGAAGAACUUAAACAUUCAAACAAAUUAGAAAUCGCAGAUAUUAAACUGGAGGCAGCAAGAACUAAAAGUGAAGUAGAAAGAGAAAGAAACAAAAUUCAAAGUCAAGUGGAUGUACUGCAAUCAGACAAUGAAAUCCUCAAAUCAACCAUUGAACGCCACAAAAUACUUUUAUUAGAAAAGGAUCGUGAAUUAGUACGGAAAAUACAAGCUGCCAAAGAAGAAGGUUACCAGAAACUAGCAGCCUUGCAAGAUGAAAAGCUAGAACUUGAGAACAAAUUAGCAGAUUUAGAGAAAGCUAAAGUGGAACAAGAUAUCUGGAGGCAAUCUGAAAAGGAUCAGUUUGAAGAGAAAUUGCGGGCUUCACAGAUGGCGGAAGAGUCAACCAAAAGGGAGCUGCAAAGUAUUAGAACGAAGCUUCAGCAGCAGAUUAUUGCUAAUGAGAAUGUAGAAAAAGAAAAAACUGAAAAUGCUGAUCUUAAACAGCAAAUCAGUAAUUUACAGAUCCAAGUGACCUCCCUCACACAGUCAGAGACUGAAUUGGUGGAUUCUAACCGGUCACUAAAGGAGAUGGUGGAGAUGCUGAAACAGGAAUACCGGAGUGCACGGACUCAGGCAGAAAAGACUCAGCUAGAGGCUGAAAAUUCCUUGGAAGGGAAGCGAAUAGAAUGGUUGGAAGAGAAGCAUAAUCUCCAAGAGUGCAUCAAAGAAAAAGAAGAGAAAUAUAGCCAGGCCAAAGAGAAACUGCAGCGAGCUGCACUUGCUCAGAAAAAGAGAAAAUCCCUUUAUGAAAACAAAAUGAAGAAACUACAAGAAAAAGUAGAACUUCUGGAAGCAAAAAAUGAAGAAUUGGAAAUAGAAAAUCAGGUUUUAAAUAGACAAAAUGUGCCAUAUGAAGACUAUACUAAGCUCCAAAAACGAUUGAAGGAUAUACAGAGAAGACAUAAUGAAUUUCGAACUUUAAUCUUGGUUCCCAACAUGCCCCCAGCAACAUCAUUCAAUUCUGUUAAUUUCUUGUCACCACCCUUGCCUUCUGGCGUGGAAACAUCUUUCCCCCCUCACCUUCCGGAAGAGGAACAUCAAAGAGAACUGUGUCUCCUUCGGAAAAGAUUGGAAGAACUGGAAACCACUCAGAGAAAGCAGCUGGAAGAGCUCGGGCCUCCUGGAGAAUGAGGCUGCAACAUUAGUCCCACCGAAUCAGUGACUCAAUAAAAAUGGAAAUCGACACGUUUGUGGAAUUUUAGAGGCUUGAUUCCCAUUUGCCAAAAGAACAUUUUGCCUAUAAUUGGAAAAAGUACCGACUAUGUGCCGUGUUGCUUAAGUAUACACUAAAAACCAGUAGCUUUAUUAAAAGAAUCGUUUCCAAUAAUUUGUUAGGAUGUUACUUAUAACCCUUUAAGAAGUACAAACACAUACAUUUUAAAAGUAACUGAUAUGGGUUAUCAGAGUAUAAAAUUAUUUUCUUAAUUUUUACUCUUGAUUGAGUAAACUGCCCUUCUUUCGGAAACCUGAUUCCCUAUUGCAUUAUGUCUUGGAGACAGUCGUUAAUCAGAAGGCCUGAUAAAAAUGAUCCCGAUUUUGAUUAUAACUAAACAUUUCUUCUUAAAAGGCACUUCUGUUGUUCAUUAUGAAUGUCUGCUUUUAUCAAAUGCACAUAUUUUAAAAGUUUAAUAAAUAUUUUUGUCAUAA